AGAUUCUUUUAUUGGGGUCCACUACUGGUUUGUAGUGCAUUGUAAAUUCAGUAAUAUAAUACCAUCUACGCAGGCGAUCUUGGGUUUUGGUUUGCUGCAUAUGGGUGAUGCGGUUGAAGUUUCAAUAUGAAGUCGACAAUACACAACUCUGUUCUAUAUUCAUACCUUUGUUACCUUGUUCGGACAUAAAUAAGAGUAUAGAGAAUGCAAUAUAUUUAAACGAGACAGGACAUGAAACUACCCUGUCUCCGUUGCCUGAGGUGAAUUCAUCUGUAAAUCUCAUUGUUAAUUAUAUUAAUCAUAAACCCCUAGGCAAAGGUUUCAUAGUCGAUAUAUGUAUAAAAUUUGAUGGUAGAUAUGAAAGUAUUGAAGUACUACUCAAAGAACUAGUAAUAAAAAUUUUGGUGUUAAAGGUUGGAGUGCUUCAGCUCAUUUAAAUAUUGUUAGAUAUCAGAUAAACACCUGUUAAUACGUUUGACAAGCACUAACGAAGUUCUGAAAUAUUUGGAUCUCUAUCAAAAGACAAAAUAUUUGAUGUUCCCGAAGAUCGUCGACAUACCAACAAGAAUUAAGGCAGAGCAAUUGAAAUUUCGACGGGAGUAAAUUACGUUAAACCAUUAUAUACGAUGAAUGAACUACGUGAUAUAACAACUACUAGAUCAAAUAAUGAUGAAUAUCGACAACAGGGUCGAUGAGGACACCAAAAGUAUCCUCCACAUAUAACAUGAAUGUGAAUAAAUUGCUAGAUAUAAAAUAAAACAAUUUUAUUUCUAAUAAACAACAAACAAACACACAGUCCAUUCGAUAGACUCAACAUUCGUAUACAAACAUUCCUAGAGUAGAUCAUGGGCACAACAACGCAAUCUAUCGCUUACAAAUGCUAUUACCAAAAAUUAAGAAUAACGAAAAUAUGAUAAUCAAUAAAUUAUCUAUUUCAUAACGCAUAACAAGACGCCAAAUGAUGCGCAACACAAUCAAAUGUAGGUGUUACCUCUUCCGUGCGUCUAAAAAAUGUUCGCGUUUACGUGUUUAUUACUACACUUAUAUAAAUGUGUCGGCUAUGAUAUUGAUGUAUGGUAUGAGAGUAGUGUGAUUGGAAUCAGUUUGAUACUGGUGUUGACACUGGAUUGUUAUGGAAGUUGUGGUAAACGAGAAGGAGGAGGUGAAUGACAGUAGUGUGCAAAUUAGAUUUGGUGUCGACAAACGCAAACAAUGAUGAGAUAGUCAGAGUGAUUGAUAGGUGGAUACAUGGGAAAGUGUAUAUGGAGGUUGUUGUAUGUGUAUGAAUUUGGUAGAUGAUGAAUGAAUGGUGCAUGGUGUAUUGGAUAGGCAGAAUGCAGUGGACUCUUGGUUGAGAAUACUGACAGUGUAUUCUGUGUCAUAGUGAGACACAUGUAUGAAUUUCAGGAGGUGAUUGAUUUGUGGAAUUGCGACUGUUCCGUGAUCGAAUA